AUGAUACCUUCGCUACCCCUUCUCCUCGCCUGUUUGUUGCUCUGCCAAGCUACCCUGGGCGACGACCGAGAUGACAUUGGCAGGUUCAUUCCCGAUCAGCCAUGUGUCUGCAAAACGGACGUUGUCGACUGCACCAACCCAGAGGAUUGUACCUGCCUUGUGCAAAACGAGAUCCUCUCGUCUUGCCGCUGUGGUUUGACUGCCGCCGCAACGUUUCGAUCCUAUCUGUGUCCAACCACCGAAUGUUGUGCAGGCCAUGGCACUCGACGACGAGACCGUCAACUAAUGGGCGCCGAUCUUGCCAUGGACCCGGACGAUCCAGUUCACCAAGAACUCUACAAGACAUACCUGGAGAGAUGUGGCCAGUACGAGUAUCAGACGUAUCUCUAUGUCACCCAUCAUAUGUAUGCCGUCGCUUCCCCUCCCGAUGAGGCCUUUACAGGAGAUGAGGCAUGUCCGUUUCUCGUCACACAUGCCCAUUUCGAUUCCAGAGACAGUCCAGCCACCAAAAUGCUUCUCUUCUGGGAGACCAAGGAAGAGGGAGAAGCUCGCUUUGCGAAUGGUCUUUGGAAGGACAAAUCCAUACAAGUGGGUUCUUUCCCGCUAUCAGAACUAGCACGAGCUUAUGAAGCUGUGGACUUGGAAUCGGAUGGUCCCUUUGAUGUGGUAACCAACAACUGUGGCAAUUACAUUAUCCGUCUGGCUCUUCAACUAGGAAUCAAGAUUGAUCCUCGCAUCAUGUCGUUUGUAACGCAGCGCUUGAUGGAAGAAUCCAGUGCCAGGUUCAUGAAGGAUCUCAAAGGACGAAUGGGUAGCAUUUGGACCGUUAUCUAUGAAUGGAUCCAGUACUAUCUCGGCUUUCUCUGGGGUGCACCAUCCAGCGACUCAAAGGGCGCCCUCUUGGAACAGUUGGUCAGUCAACAAGCCGCUUCCUUCCAGCAAGAGUGA